CGACAUGUGAACUCACGAUGUGUCAAAAGUAUUCGAUAGUCGAUUUAUCAGUUCCAAGUUGCAUGUAAACAUAAACAUAAAAGCGUAGUGAGUACAAUACAAAUGUAAUAUGUUUGUGACAUUCACUGUAGAGAUUGUUUCCAAGAAAUAUUUUAUUUUGAAUCUGCAUACGCUGCUCUUUAUUCAUUAAUUCAAGAAAUGUGUUGUCUGCUACGCAACUUACGAACACUAAACCAAAUUCUGUAUGUCAACGUUUCUACGAAAGGAAAUAGUGUAUUCAAGAACUGGUCGAGAUGCGUUUCUUAUGUGCAAGGGCAGUCACCAGAACCGAACAUAAGGGAAUAUUUUUACUACGUAGACCACCAAGGAAUGCUGUUCCUGGAUGACUCCAGAAUGAAGAAUUUCACUUCCUGUUUCAAAGACAAAAAGUUCCUGGAAUUCUUUUUUAAACGCCUGAGGAUGAAUACAACAGGGCGCUACACAGAAGACUUUCCUUACUUGUCACUUUGUGGUCGAGAACGAAAUUACGUUAGAUGUGAUGAUUAUCCUAUUGUAUUCACUCAUAUAAUGAAAGACGCGCAGAUGAAUAAUGUCUUAAGUUAUGGCCAUGCUGGAAAUUUACUGACAGUUAAGUUUGAACCGGAGAAAGUUAUAAUGCUUCCAGAGACUGGGCGUGUUUAUCAUCCCGCACCGGAAAGAGUCGGUGGUAUUGGCUUAAUUAGAUCCAAGUUAGCAAUUGAAUUAAGUAAGUUUUUUAUAUUUGAAAAUGGUGAGCAACAAGAACCAACACAUUUAUCAUGGGAUGGUAAGAUAUAUGAGUUAAUAACGGAUUGGUACAAAGAAGCAAAACAGCAGGAACUUGAGUGUUCAAAUUAAAUUAGAUUCACCCAUAUAUUAUUGUGAGAGAAAUUACUGACAUUGUUCAAAUCCACUUCCAAAGACAAAUAUUUCUAGCAACUUGCCUGAUGCUGAAUAUGUCACCAGGCUUGCUUGGAUUGGAAGAUAAGUGAUUGUUUAUUGUAAAAUGUUGAGCUUCUUAAUUUCUUCAUAAAAUAAGAUGUAAAUUGGUUUAUACAAUAACUACUUCUUGUUACAUAGUACCUUUGGAGUAGCAAGUCACCAGUUCAAUUGUUAAUUGGCAUUGUUUAGUCCAGUAUUUGUGAUUGUUAUUAACACUGUUGUAUUUUUACAGAAUAAAGUUAUGUUUUUCCAAAAA